GCCUAGCUGAAGCUUUGACUUGAGAUGGAUGUAGCGCCGCUACAGAAUCAGGAUGUCGAAAAACUGAAUUGCAAGGUUUGGUUCCUUGUCUUCGUGACUACGCUGUGUCACCCAAAUUAGGCUUUAUGAAUGAAAACCCACUGCGGAAACUCCCAGAUUACUUUGAUCCAUGGUGGAAAAUAGCCACAAGACUUCCGCAACUUGUUGAAGACGGGACGCUCCGAGAUGAAGUUCACAAGAUGCCAUUUCUGGAUUACCGGCAACUGAACGGCGAGCCAGAAUGGCGUCUUGCUCACCGUGUGCUUGGUUUCACAACACAGUGUUACGUCUGGACGGCUGGAGAAAAACACAUUCCUCAGACUCUCCCAAAGAAUCUGGCUGUCCCAUACUGGGAGGUCUCCAAACUUCUUGGUAUUACGCCAAGCUUGUGCCAGCUCAUUGCCGCGCUGGAUAACUGGGUGCUUGUCGACCCUGAAGGCCCCGUAGCCUUAGAUAAUUUGAGGACCGUCCUCAAUAUGGUGGGUGGAGAUGACGAGUCGUGGUUCUUCAUGGUGAGUGGUCAGAUCGAGAUGGACUGUGGGGCUGCAUUGUGCGGCAUCGUUGAAGCUCAACAGGCUGUUAAAGAUCUGGAUGUCAACACGUACAUAGCAGCACUGGAGAAGGUAGAGAAAGCCGUCAGGAAAAUGAAAGAAACUCUGAGCAGAAUGAGAGAAAGGAGUCGGCCAUGGAUGUUCUAUAAUGUUUUACGUCCCUUUGUGGCAGGAUGGGACAGCCCAGCAUUUAAGGCCAAAGGAUGGAAGGGGCUCAUCUAUGAAGGUGUCAGCCCAGAACCACUUUGUUAUGGUGGGGGCAGUGCUGCUCAGAGUGCUACAUUGCCCUGUAUUGAUGCAGGGUUAGGUAUCCUCCACCAACCAGAGGAAGAGAAAGUCUGUACCAACUUUCAGAGCCAGAUGUUGCCCUUGCACCGUGAUUUAAUCAAAGCAUUGGCCGAUGGACCCUCAGUUCGGCACUUUGCAACUUUUUCCAAGAAUUCCCGAGCACUUCGAGUCUACAAUGCAUGUCUACAGGCAGUUGCUGACUACCGUACUUUUCAUCUUACUAUUGUUACACAGUACAUUAUUAUCCCGUCGCGUCAGAAAGACACAGAUAAGAAGUAUUCCCGCCAGGCAGGUUUAGGUACCGGAGGAACAGGGUUCAUGAUGUAUCUGAAAUCGUUGAGGAACUCUGUGGUGAAUGCUUUCCACCAGAAUGAUGACGGAACAGAAGUUUGACGAACAUAUGCCCAGCUUUUUCCCAAACCCUGGUGAUGAGCCAACAAAAUUCAUGAUAUGAAUUUUAAAGUACUACAGCCAGACUAGAGUAAUCGUGUAUCAAGAUCAGUACAGCUAAAUUUUGUUUUAAUUUUAUGUUUUUCAGUACUUCUCGUGCAAAGCAGCUCUAUGUAUAUUGAACCUAAAUGCAGUAUUCUUUUUAAGUUGAACAAAGAAAUUCACUUGAGCGGGGUUCGAACCUGUGACCUCCGGAUUGCUGUUCCGGUACUCUACCAACUGAGCUAUCCAGCCCUAUGUUGCCAGUUCCCCAUUUUGUCAAUGUCUUUGUUUAAGGGGAGUCAGUCGGAAGUCAUAUUCCUGCGUAUGCCACGCAGCCAGGGAUCAUUCCCAAAGGCAAGAUGCUAGCAUCAUUAGCAAUGCUACAAAGUUUGUUUUUCUUACAAACUUUCCUGAAUCCUCUAAAAUCCACCACUGGAUUUUCAAGGGUCACGUCAGCAGGCUACAUAAUGUUUGCUAGUUGUAUUAAAAAGGAUACUAUUACAGCAGUGUGGUUGCGAAGGGUGAUUUCUAAAGGUUACGUAACACUUUAUUUUGAAUGAAACUACAUGCACACAGACAUGUUCACGUUGGCUUGCGAAAUCAUUGAAAAUUAAUUUCUCCUGUUUGGAAGA